AUGCUAAAGUUACCCAAAGGCCUUAAAAAGAAGAAAAAGGGUAAAAAAUCUAAACGCAAAGGUGAAGAGGAACUUUUCACAGAAGAAGAAUUAAAAAAAUAUAGAAGAGACCAUCAGCAACAAGGUGAAGGUGAAGGGUCAACAAAAGAAAAUGAAGAAUGGUCAAAGUUUAAGGACUUGACGACUGGUGUUGAUUCUAUACUAAAGAAGACACAAGGCGAUUUAGAUCGUAUUAAGUCUACAUCGUUUUUUCAACGUGUUCCGGCAGGGCCCAAGAAAGUCGAAUCAAUAGAGAAGGAGGAACCGAAGAGACCUGUUGUUGAAGUUACAGAAGCUGACUUUCCUCAUUUAGUAGCAGCUGCAGCUGCAGAAGCAGACAGCGGGGACAAGAGUGACUACGGAGCUACCGACGACGAGUCUGAGGAAGAAGACGAUCAAGACGAUAUAUUUGAUACUUCCUACGUCGAUGCCGUUGAACGUGGAGAAGUUAAACUCGCUUAUGUCCCAGAUUCACCUGAAGAAUUUCAAGACGAUGAUAUCUUUGACACAUCUCACGUUGAUGCUCUAAUUAAGGGGCAAGAUUCGAAAAGUUCGAAGGGGAAAAAAGGUCUAGAUAUUGGAGUUGCUGUAGAAGUUCUUACUGGCCGAAUAGAUAAUCUUACAAUCACUACAAAAAGGCCGAAAAGAACUAUUCCUGGUGACUUACUAUUAGAAAGCGUAGAUAAAGACGCUACAUCAAUUCCAUCAACUAAGGUUAAUGAACCUGUUGAGAAAAGCAUAUUGGACUUUGAUACUGAUGUACCUAUAACUACUCCAAUAGAUCUAAGUGUCUCUUUACAUACUUCAUUAUUACAACAACAACAACAGAAAGCUACAAACGAAGAAGAAAUACAAGCUGUUACCAACGAGGAAAAGUUUAAUGAAUCAGAGGACGCAGAAAUUGAUGAAUUCACGUUAUUAGCAGCUGAGUCAUUGGAAGUAAAAUCUGCAAUUACCAAAUUAGAAGAGAAAGAAAUUAAAGUUGAACCAGUGUUACAGGAAUCUUGGUCUGCUUUUGAGGCUGAUAAGAACGAGACCGUUUUUGCAGAAGGAAUUGUUGAAGACCAAUUAGAUGUCAUUGAUCCCUAUAUAGACCAAGACGACCCUUUCGAUACAAGUUUCGCAGAUGCUGUAGUUCCAGGUACCAAUUUUGAUCAAGUUAAACAAGAAGCAGUCAUAUUAGAAGAAGACGACGAUUUCGAUCCAAGAGCAGAGGAAGUUCAGGUAAAACUUAACAACAGACGCAAGUCCUCGGUUCGAAUUCAUUUAACUAAUCCCUCGGGUUUAAGAGAAUCUAUAACAUCUGAUGAUAUUGUAGAUAAUGAAGUAAGCACUCGGGAUCUCUUAGGAGGAAGUACAACUGAUCUGACACAGCUAGGGGAUUCACCUUUAGAUCCAGUGGAUAUAAAUAAUACUGAUAUAGACCCCUUUGAUACCACUAUUGUAGAUAAGAUUGUUGCACCGGGAAAAGUUGAAUUGAAGCUUUUAGAGCAAGAGUUAAUCGGUAAUACAGUACCGGCACCUAUUUAUCGUGUACCUAGUGAUCCUGACUUCGAUCCUAGAGCAGAUGAACCUAAAAUAGUAGAAAGGAGAGCAUCUCGUCCAGAAAAUUUAAUUGUGAGCAAAAAUGUGGUUUUUAAUGUUGAUGGAGUGGAAAGUUCUGAAUUAGAUAUUAAAUCAAAGCCUUCUAAGCCUUUGACUCCAUAUUAUACGCGUGAAGUCUCCAUAACUGAAGAUUUAAGUGAAGAAGCAGAGGCAUCUGAUAAGGUCCCCGACAUAUUGUCUCGAACGCGCUCUGAAGAAGAUUUGACAGUAAACGUAACUUACCAAACUAAGCGUAGACAUUCAGAAUAUACACGAUCAAGUCAAAAUAAGAAUACAUUUAAAGAAAGUGAUCUCCUUCAAAGUCAUGCAAAUGAAAUUGAAGCCAAAGUUUUAACUCCUAUAGGUCCCAAAGCUAGUGAAAAUUUUACCUCUGAAGUAGAAUCGGAUCCUUUUGAUACAUCUUUUGCUACUGAUAUUAAACCAAGUAAAACAGAAUUAAAACUUUUAGCGAAGGAAUUCUCUUGUGAAAAUUCAACGUCCUUCGAAGCUGAAGGUGAAACUGAUUUACUUGAACCUACUGACGAUAUUUUUCAGGUUAAAGCUUUAACUCCUGAACCAUCUGAUACAGCUAAAAUAUCACAAGACGAUUUUGAUCCCUUCGAUACUUCUUUUGCUAGUGAUCUCAAUCCAGGAAGAACAGAGCUAAAGUUACUGGAAUCGGAAUUUUUGAGC